GAGGUCUAUUUGGGUUACCUUAAUAGAGACUGCAAUCAAAAUAUUGAGGAAUUUUGCCUCUUUCCUGGACAAUUUGUGGCUCCUGGAGGAUUGAGAUUCAACGUUAGGGAAAUAGAAGUUCUUUGUUUAGAGUUUUGGGAGGAAAAAAAAGCUUCUUCCUGUCGAGAAUCAAGUGAUUGGGGUCUUCCUAGUGGAAGGAUUUACCCGAAGACUUAUCAAAGGAUUCAAUUGAGAUACAAGAAGACUACAAAGGACAAUCUUGGAGGAUCUCUUCGGCAGGAAAUCAAAACUAUUCAAAACAACUUUUUUAUCCAGAUUUGGAGGAUUUCCUGACACAAUACUGAUGACUUCCACGUAAGACGCAGAAUCUGACCAAUUGGCUAAUCUCUGUUCCCGGAAGUCUGUGAUGAAAUCCUGUAUGCCCUGAAAACGUCCUAGACACCCUUAAGCUGUAACGAACAAUGUUCAAGUUGUCUGAGCUGGUGAAAUGGCUGGGAUUGACGGAAUUUGAGAUCUUCACGAAUCUCCUGGCUCUCCUUGUCUUCACAAUCCUUCUAUCCUUGCGUGUUUCAAGCUACCUAAGUGCAGAAUAUCUCGAUUGGUUUGUCAUCUUCUCACCACUCUUCUGCGGAGAUGCGUGCAAUGCCUACUUCUGCUUGAUUGUCUGCAUCCGGAUGUACCUGGAAAGUGAUCAGAUAAAACGUCGUGCCCUCCAUCGACUUCUCUGGAGUACGAAUUACAUCGUCCUCACGGCUGUCUUCAAGUACCUUCUGUGCUUGAAGCUCUCCGGGCAGAUUGGCUUGGAAUUCAGUGAAGUCUUCUCACCCAUCUUCAUCCUCCUCCAGCUCAUCGCUGUGCGAGCCUGUCAGCUACCCAACUCUGCAUAAUCUUCCGGAUCAUCCUGACUGAUUAGAAUUGUUACAAUUAAAAGUCAUUUAUUCGAUUUCUUUAUGUAAAUAGAAAGAUAAUAAAUUAAUUUCUUUUUU